AUGGACGAGCGACCUGCACGCAAGCUAACGACAUACCAGAAGCAGCAAACGCUGAGAAGGAAGCGAUUCCUGAAGAAGAAGGAGGAAGCGUUGAAUCUCAAUGAUGAGAAGUUUGACCCGAAAGAGGACGAGAAGAUCGAUCUGAGAAGAGAGCUCGACGACGAGACCGAGACGUCGGAGGACCCCUUGGCGUUCGACCCGGAGGCCCCGGCGGAUUUUACUGAGACGGGGCCACGUGGGAUAGAGCGAGAGGGCGAUCUGCCCAACAUCAAUCGCAAGGACGGCACGAAGAAAGGGUGGGACCGGCCCAAGGAGGGGGCAGAUGACGCUUACGACUCCUCUGAGCCUCUUGACCCGAACCACACCAAACCCAAGGACUUGAAGGACGACGACGAAGAUUUCAAGGAUGAGGAUUUCGAGCGGAUCGCGCUGCAGGGAUACACAGUAGACAAGACAACCGAUCUUGAUGCAUUCCUGUCAUUGUCGAGGCUAAAUAAAAUCACAAGCCUGAAGGAGACGAUUCCGUUCUGGAGGUCGCUAGACAAGGCCAUCGAACAGCAGCAGCAGCAGCAGCAGCAGCAGCAGCAGCAGCAGCAGCAGCAGCAGCAGCAGCAGCAGCAGCAGCAGCAGCAGCAGCAGCAGCAGCAGCAGCAGCAGCAGCAGCAGCAGCAGCAGCAGCAGCAGCAGCAGCAGCAGCAGCAGCAGCAGCAGCAGCAGCAGCAGCAGCAGCAGCAGCAGCAGCAGCAGCAGCAGCAGCAGCAGCAGCAGCAGCAGCAGCAGCAGCAGCAGCAGCAGCAGAGGGACACAGGAGCUGCUAUUAAGGUGAUCGAAGUGCUGAAAGAGCUGGAGUAUGAAAGUUCUGAAGUGAUCAGUUACAGACUGGUGAAAACUUUGAAAGCGAUCGUGCAAAGAAAAGGAAUCCUCUCUCAACCCAGCGAAGACGAGAACGAGGAAGCAGGGCAAAGAAUUCUCCCAGUGAGGUUCUCAAAAGAAGAGACAUUGUACGAGGACGCGAAAUCUCUCUUGAAAGCAUGGAUAGAGCUUGCCGACGCUGAAGUUGAGAUGAGGAGAAGACAGUUGAAGAAAGAGGAGAAGAAAGAGGAGGAGAAGAAGCGCAAGGCCUAUGAAAAUGUCUUGAACUUUACUGACAUGCUCGCCUACAAGCAGAAGAUACAGGUCAUUUACAAGAAGUUGAUGGAAGCAAAGAGGGUUGGUGAUGCAGACAUGACAAGAAAGCUGCUCCGAAAGCUGCGGCGUCACAAGUUCACUUGGAACUUGGUCGAUGAGAACAUGUUCACUACGAUCAGAGUAACUCCUUCAUGCUUCUGA